GAGGAGAACACCGAAAUCCAUUUGAAGAUCCAUAGCAUAGUAGAGUAGUUGUUAAUCUCUCUCCUUCCUCUCUCUUUCCUUCUUGUCGCUUUAUCUCAACCACCUAACAUCCAACGUUUUCACAAACAAACAUGGUUGUCAAGAUGAUGAAAUGGAGACCAUGGCCACCUCCAAUUUCCCGAAAGUACGAGGUUAAACUUCUCAUCAAAACUCUCCGUGCCACCGAUCUGUUACCUCAUAAUGCAUUCUCCGUUGAAAUUAGAUGGAAAGGUCCUAAACUCGCUCUUAGUUCACUCCGUCGUAACGCCGUCGUUAGAAAUUUCACCGGUGAAGCUCACCCUCUUAAAGAACAAAACGAUGUCGUUUUAUGGGAUGAAGAGUUUCAUACCUUCUGUAAUCUCUCUUCCAAUAAAGACAAUGCGUUUCAUCCUUGGGAGAUCGCUUUCACCGUCUUCAACGGUUUGAAUCAGAAGCCAAAGACUAAGAUUCCUGUGGUUGGAACAGGUUCCUUGAAUCUAGCUGAGUUUGCAUCUGUGGUUGAUCAGAAAGAUUUUGAUUUGAGCAUUCCACUUACAGUUCCUGGUGGUUCUUCUGUUGACCCUUCUCUUUCACUCACUAUAUCAAUUAGUUUAGUGGAGCUAAGAGUUUCUCAAGAGAGUAGUCAGCUUGUUCAUAAGUCAAUGGUGUCUGUUCCAUCACCCUUGGCUCAAUCAGGAGAAACUAACUUAGCAGAGAAAGAUGAACUUUCCACCAUCAAAGCUGGUCUUAGAAAAGUAAAGAUUUUGACGGAGUUUGUGUCGACAAGGAAAUCAAGAAAAGCGAACCGCGAGGAAGAGGGUAGUGAAGGAAAUUACUCUGCAAGGAGUGAGGAUGGUGAGUGCAAUUACCCUUUUGACUCUGACUCCCUUGAUGAUUUUGAGGAAGGUGAUUCACAUUCAGAAGAGGUGAAGGAGGAUUCAAGUGUGAGGAAGUCGUUCAGUUACGGGAAACUGGCGUUUGCAAAUGCUGGUGGAUCAUUCUAUUCCAGCAUGAGGGUGAAGAGUGAUGAUGAGGAUUGGGUUUACUUCAGCAAUCACAAAUCGGACAUUGGGAGUUUGCAGAAAGAGGACUCUACUGUUUCCUCCUCUGAGCCACCUGUAAUGCAAAGUUCGAGGCGCAGUAUAUUGCCUUGGAGGAAGAGGAAGUUGAGUUUCAGAUCUCCUAAAUCUAAGGGAGAGCCUUUGUUAAAGAAGGCGUAUGGAGAAGAAGGUGGUGAUGACAUUGAUUUUGAUCGCCGGCAGCUAAGCUCUGAUGAAUCUAUUUCAUUCGGGUCACAGAAGCCUGAGGACGAUUCAGGUGCAAAUCGAACAUCGGUGUCAGAAUUUGGGGAUGACAAUUUCGCGGUUGGGAGUUGGGAGCAGAAAGAAGUAAUGAGCCGUGACGGCCACAUGAAACUUCAGACACAAGUCUUCUUUGCCUCAAUUGAUCAGCGCAGCGAACGUGCAGCAGGUGAGAGUGCUUGUACAGCUCUAGUUGCUGUGAUUGCUGAUUGGUUCCAAAACAAUCGCGAACUCAUGCCGAUAAAGUCCCAGUUCGAUAGUUUGAUUCGAGACGGUUCAUUAGAAUGGAGAAACUUAUGCGAAAACCAAACAUACAGGGAACGAUUCCCCGACAAGCAUUUUGAUCUUGAAACAGUCGUUCAGGCCAAAAUACGCCCCCUUUCCGUGGUUCCUGGGAAAUCCUUUAUCGGUUUCUUUCAUCCAGAAGGAAUGGAUGAAGAAAGGUUUGAUUUUCUCCAAGGGGCCAUGUCUUUCGAUAACAUUUGGGAUGAGAUUAGUAAUGCCGGACAGGAAAACACCGAUAACGGUGAACCCCGGAUUUAUAUCAUCAGUUGGAAUGACCAUUUCUUCAUCCUCAAAGUUGAAGACGACGCUUACUGCAUCAUCGACACUCUAGGGGAGAGGCUUUACGAAGGAUGCAAUCAAGCAUAUAUCUUGAAAUUCAACAGCAACACGGUAAUAUACAAAAUGCCAGAUGUUACUCAAUCAUCAGACGAAAGCGCGUCUGGUGACCAGCAAACUGUUGCGGAUGUAUUAGAACACAAUGACAAACAGAUUCAGCAAAUCAACGGUAAGGACUCGGAGUCUGUUGUUGAGACAGAAGAACCGUUAAAAAGCGAGCAAGAGGAAGAAGAAAUUGUAUGCAGAGGGAAAGAAGCAUGCAAAGAGUACAUAAAAAGCUUCUUAGCAGCAAUACCUAUUAGAGAAUUGCAAGCAGAUGUGAAGAAAGGUUUAAUAUCAACAACACCGCUUCAUCAAAGACUACAAAUUGAGUUUCACUAUACUCAGUUGUUGCAGUCAUAUGAUGUUGUUCCUGUAACUGAAGAAUCUUUUCUUGCAGUAACUGAGGUUGACACGUAAUCGUACUGCGAAAUAACAGAAAAAAGUGCGGUUACUCUAACUAGUCUUACUAUGUAAGUGUUUUUUUUUCUUUCUGAUUUGAUGUGAAAUUAACAAAAGGAAGCUCAUUUGAACUUUUGAUGAUAAAUGAGAGAGUAAACUGAGGGUUGUGUCUGUCUAGAGAAGUGUGUCAUGUAAAUUUAUUUGUAAUUUCCUUUUCAUACUAUCUCAAACUUUUGGUUCCUAACAUAAAGAUGUGUGAAUUGGGGUUUUAAUAACUUUUGCAACAUUGUUGUAAGUCUUAUGCACUAUGAUUCCAAGAUUUUUAUUCAGAAAACUACAGCUCAAGAUAGAUUUACUGCUAAA